GAGUGGUAACGGUUCAGCUACACAGACUGCCAUUUUACAUUGAGAGUGCUAACAUUAGCUGCCCGAAGGAGUAACACACCACUGUAUCACCUGUGCAGUGCUUAUCUACUUUGCACGAGUCCUGUUUAGGCAACGUUAUAGGACGAACAGACAUCCUGAAACGAAUCACUGUUCCAAGCACAGGUGACAUAAACUGUUCCGUUCAGACCGAGGGUGAGUGUGUCUGUUGAAGUUAUCCAGAAGCUAUUCUAGCUAGCUCCUGAUACCAUAACAUUCCCACGGUGCUGUUUCUGUUUCUGUAAGCCGGAUCUCCAAAGUACUGCAAGUGUUUAUGUGUGGCUUUAUGUGUGGCUUAUAAUCUUGGAUGAGCUUCAUCUUGACAUUUAGGUGACAGUUGACAUCAUUGCAGAGUUGUUUGGUUGCAUGACUAAGUUGUGAUGUAUCUCAGAUGUCCUGGACCUGGAGCAGCUGCUUUUGGCUCUGAUGUAGAAAUCUGUAGUUAUUAAUGGAUGUAAAGGGUUGUGCACCUGAUGUUAUUGAGCUUUGUCAUUUUCACCAACUUUAAUGCCACACUUCACGAUUAAACAGAUAAGAUCAUGUUUUGAGAAAGUAAAGCUCCAAAAAGCAGAUACAGGAGAGGGACCAAUGCUGUGAUAGAAGCGUCAUAUAAAAACACAGUCAUAUUUAUCUGUGAAAGCUUUAACUGUCCAUGGAUGUAAACAUAAAGAUAUUCAGUCAGGUUGAAAAACACAGGAUUGUUUAUCCUAGUAAAAAUUUAAGAUAACUUCGGUAAGAGCCUGUAAUAAUUAACAGUGGAUUUAUAAUUCUAAACAGGCAUGACUCACAUUUUACACAUUAGUUUAUUUUUUCUUCUUUUGACAGCUUUGAACUUCCUUGACUUAAAGAGUUAUUGCUCACAGCUUCUGCUGGUGUGGUGUACUCUGUAGCAGCAUGCUGUUAGGCUGUGCUCACAUUUGUUAGCAAUCACCUGAUGGCGAAGUUUUGAAGGUUUUAGUUGAGACAUACUGAACCAAUAAUGACCGCAGAGUUCAGUCUUUGCUUCAGCAGCCAACACUGUGUUUUUAUGGUCUAAACAUAUUCAGGCCAUGAGGGAGCUGAAAACUGAAGCUAGGAGGCAAACCUCGGCUCGGGUCUUCUAAUGUAAUUCUGAAAAGUGAAGAAGUCAGUGAAGCUGUGUUUGGUGUGGAGUUUUUUUAUAAUGAUAGAUGGAGACUGCUGCUGAUCGCUUCUGAUCAGAGGGGUCCCAAAGUACUGUUGCUAGGUGAUACGUUGGUUGAUAGUUUACACACUUGGUCCACGAGGUAACUUAGGAUCUCUCCUGCUCUUCAGCUGGCCUUGAAGUUGAUCCCUUGUACGGUGCUCCUCCAGUUAGUGGAUUUUGACUUUUGUGCGGGUUCCUGUAGAGGUGAGGGCAGGGCUGUCAGUGUGUAUUAGAUUCUCAUAAUUUAUUUUUCAUCCUUCUCCAUGUUUUCAGGAUGAUUGAUGUAUCAUUUGACCAUCACAACUGUGAUGUACUUAUGCAUAAUAUUCACAUCCCAGGGUCAUAAAACCACAUCAUGCUGUCACUGUUGUUUUUCAGGAUUCAUGUUUGAUAAGUUUCUAAUAUCCCUUAAAUGCAGCCCCUCAUAUGACUAUUGGAUGUAAACAUAGCACAACUACUGCCAUCAUUGAUAGCCCGGCAGAUGCUCUGUUUGGUGUAGAGAUGGCUUUUUUUUCUAGCACUUUGUUAACCCUAAGAGAGCUCUUCAUAUGAAAAUCUGUUGUAAGGAGUGAGGAGGAUUUCUUAGAGGCUUUAGAGUGACUCAGCUCAGGAAACUCUUCAGCCUCUUAAAAGUCCUCUCAUCUCUUCUGUACAGAUUUUCACAUUAGGAGGGAAUAACUUUUACUGCGCUCUCUUAGGAACGGAAAGGCUUUGUGAAUAACUUUUAUCUUUAUACAGUUCUAGCCUCAACUUUUGAGGAAGAUUCUUAGAAAACGACAUGACUCAGAGAAUUUCAUCCGAGAAGCAACUCUUCAGAUCAGGAGGCUCUGUGAAUUCAGGCCAAGGACUCAUCAGGGAUCACUGCAUGGUCUGGAGUCACUGAACUCAUCAUAUCAUUUUAUUCUCUGGUAUCUUUAGCAGCAAUGUCACAUUGUUUUUGGAGUUUGUGUCCUGUAACUUUGGUGGCUGCAGUUUCACCUCUGCUCCAACAUUUGUCAGACAAAAGCAGAAAUUGAUUUAAAUUCUAUUGUGAUGCAUCAAACCAAAUCUGACAGCUGACAGCGUUUUCAUGUGACAGCUUUGACACAAUCAGAAACAACUCUGUUUACUAUGAUCAUAUAUUUUAGUGCUAUUCAUUUUGCUCAUAACUUGUUUAUUGUAACUUUGUACUUGGUCCAAGUAUGAGAGCAGUGCAAGUAAUUAACAGUUACAUUGGGAACUUAUUGUCUAAAUUUUCUGGGAAACAUUAGCUACUUAAGACCCUGGUUGAUCGGGACUGCAUGCUAAAGUGCUGACACAGUGCUCUGCUGUUCAGUCAGGCGCUUCAGCAUCAUCUUCACUGUCUUAACUUUCGGUGCUGGUUUGAGGUUGGUUAUCAGCCUACAGUCACUCCCUUUCACUUUGCUUCAUUGUCAUGUGACAGAAAACUAGCAAGUGUGCUGUCAGGGGAGUAAAAGAGAGACUUUAAGGAGAACACUGAGAGUUUCUUUAGUUGGCUGGCUUGUUUUUCUGAAAAUGUUGUUCAUGAUUCAUGAAGUUGGUGAUGCGGUGUGGAUGUGGCAUGCAUCGGCACAGAACGCUCACAGUUUUGGAGAAAGAAGCUGAAAAACUUGAAGUGGCUCUGCUUUGUAGAUGGCACAAUGCACUGCAUUCAAUCUGAAACCUAGUGAUGAAAUAAGAGACAAUGUUGAUUUGCACAGUGUAUCGUAGUUGUGCCGCUCCUAAAUCUUCACUGGUAGUUGGUGUUUUGAGCAAAUAAAACAGAUAUGAGCAGUUUUGUCAUUGUGUAGUCUGAAUGUGACUACAUGUACACCUCUCAGAUGAAUUACACUGUACAGUCUGUGUUUGACCUACCCACAGCUUCAAUUUAAUGUGUUGUGGGUUCCUGUUAAAUGUCUGACCAUUUGUUGUCUUCAUGUCAUACAAAAGUAUUCACCCUCUUCACCAUAUCCACUUGUUACAGCUGCAAAUUCACUCCAUUUGUAAAGUAUCCUCCAUCCACUCCAAAGGGAGUAACUUAAAAGUUCAAACAGUAAACCCCUUCCUCCUGGAAAAACUGGAACAGUCAAAGAGGGUGAAUAUUUAUCUGAAGAACUGCAUUGACUGUAAUUGUCUUUGUCUGUCUGGUCUUGCAUGUGUUUGUAUGUUAGUGUGAAGCCGUGGAUGGAAAGCCUGGAACCUGAAAUCCUGUAUGUGUCUCCGGAGCAGGCUGGGCAGCCCACUCUCCCCCUCCCUAACUCUGAGGGCUCCAACUUGGCACUGGGGGGGUAAGGAGCCACAGCCCACUGUACUCUGUUCAUAGUAGAAAAUAAGAAUAACUUUACUAAUCCCCGAAGGGAAAUUCAAUUGUCUGUUGUUUCACAUAAUAUAUCUGACAGUUAUCUACUAUUUAUACAAGAGUUAUAAAGUCUGAUGGCUGUUGUUACAAAAGAUCUUCUGAAUCCUUCUGUCCUGCAGCGAAGAGAGAGGAGCCGUCCAAUACCAUGGACACAUUUAGUCCAUCAAGGUGUUGUGAAGUGGGUGAUCCAUGUUCUUUAGAAUAGUCUCCACCUUCCUCAGUGUAAAUCUCUCCACCACAUCCUCCACUGAGUCCAGCUUCAGUCCUUCCAGAGAGCCAGCCUUUUUCACCAGUUUGUUAAGACGUCUUGCAUCUUUGUGUUUGAUGCUUCCUCCCUAGCAGACUGCAGCAUAGAACAGAACACUGUAGACACAACAGACUGAUAAAACAUCUGCAGCAUCUUACUACAGACGUCUAUUGAUCGGAGUCUUCUCAGGCAAAAGAGGCAGAUCUGCCCCUUUCUGUAGAUGUAGUCUAUAUUCUUAGACCAGUCCAACUUUUUAUCCAGAUGUACACCUAGGUAUUUAUAUGAUGUCACCACUUCGAUGUCCACUCCACAGGUGUUCACUGGUUGAAGAGGGGGUUUGGAUCUAUGGAAGUCUAUGACCAUCUCCUUUGUCUUUGAGGUGUUGAGGAGGAGGCAGUUUUUGUGACUCCAGUCACUGAAGGCUCUUAUCAGAUCUCUGUAUUCAGCUUCUUGUCCAUUUCUGAUACAUGCCACAAUAGCAGUGUCAUCUGAGUAUUUCUGGAUGUGGCAGGACCAUAGACUGUAUAUACUAUGGACAAAUCUGCCUACCACCUGUAUACGGAUUUGGAGCCAAAAAGCUCUCGAUAUUUACGUGAUUUUCUUUAUUUCCUGAAACCAGCGCUGCGCAGUAGCGAUGCGCGCAUUCGGCCGCGCAGUCGCCGAGAGUCCCAGUGAUGACGCUCGGCUCAAACAGCGUAUUCCCCCGGAAGAGCUACGCAAUCCCUGAACGCCCAUAGGCUGUACCAGGUGUCAAUCAUAGAAAACAUGAACCCCCUAAUAACUUUUAAAAACGGAGCUGUACAGAAAAAAAAGGACUUGGGCACAAACCAGUCUUACUGUAACUAUAUGUCAACAUCACAACCAGGGGGGAGAAAAAAUUAUGUUCUGUGUAAUAAAUUUCUAAAGUUUGUCCACAGUCCCAUAAGCUUUGAUGGUGGAGGCGGGAUUUAUGACCUGUACUGCAGCCCACCAUCAGAGGGUGCUGUUCUCGGAGUGGCUUUACCCAGCGAGGAGGCAGACUCUGUCCAUCUUAUAUACAGUCUAUGGUCUAAACUGCUAAUGCUACUCGUACCGUCAGCAGUGACAGGCUGUACAGACUCUGCUCGCAUUUUCAUGCUUCCCGCAUAAUCACUCGGGGACAACAGAUUUGUUAUGUUGCCGGUUUAUCGGCUUAAUUGCUAGACGUCACUAUGGGGAGACAUUGAAUAACUCCUCAACUAUGACAUCUUCUGAGGAUGACUCAAAGUCACAGCUGACAUCUGUUUUGCUGCCCUCAACUCUGCGUUUAGCUCCGUGUUAGGUCAUUCUGUUUACUUCUCCUGUUUACUUCUCCGGUAACUUACAGAAGUGAGCAGGAAAAGCCAGACUCUGAUUGGCUGUUGUGACGCACGUAUCUGCCAUGUUUGAUCUAGUAAAUAUGCUCACAGCUGAUCACCGUGAUCGAACUGAAAUUUAUUGCGAUCGUCGAUCACGAUCAUAUAAUCGCCCAGUCCUAGGAGGAAAGGGAGAAGUUGUAGUGGAGAUUUGUUGCGGAGAGGAAGGUGGAUCAGCAGUGGAAGUGGGUGUGACUGCAGUGUCAAAUCUGUUGAAGAACAGGUUGAGUUCAUCAGCUCUUUCCAGAUCACCCACCACUGGCUGUCUUUUCUUUUGACUGCUGUGUCCAGAGAUGGUACUGAUUCCUCUCCACACUUCAUGGAUGUUGCUGUGUUGAAGAUUAUUCUCUAUCCUCUUUUUGUACUCCAGCUUUGCCAUCUUCAGUCUCCUCUUCAACUCUUGUUGCACUUGUUGAAGUUGUUAUUUGUCACCAUCUUUAAAAGCUUUCUUUUUCUGGUUAAGGAUUGCUUUUAUGUCACUUGUGAUCCAGGGUUUGUUGUUGGGGAAACAGUGAACAGUCUUUGUCUGUAUAACUGUGUCUCUACAGAAGUUGACAUAUUCAGUAAAGCAGUCAACCUGUUCAUACUAUCCACGUCUGUUUCCAGCAGCACAUUCCAGUCUGUUGAUUUAAAACAGUCCCCUAGAGCUUCACAGGCUUGAGGUGUCCAUCUUCUUAUUUUGACUUUGGUCACAGGCUGCCUCAGUACACAAGGUCUGUAACAGGUUUGUAGAUAGACCGUUAUGAUCUGACUUGCCCAGUGGUGGUAAGGCAGUGGCUCUGUAGGCUUCUUUGAUGUUGGCAUACAGCAGAUCCAGGGUUUUGUUUUCUCUGGUAGGACAGUUCACAAACUGUGUGAAUCCAGUCAGGUGAGAGGAGAGGGUGACAUGGUUGAAGUCUCUUCAUAAUAUUAUUAUUAGUGGCUCCAGGUGUUGAGUCUGUAGCCUGGCAACACUUUUUUGCAAAACAUCACACAGAAUUUCUUCAGUUGAUUUGGGUGGGAUGUAAACAGCUAUUGUUAUUAUGACUGAAUUCUCUUUGAACAUAAUAUGGCCGAAGAGCAACUGCCAACAGUUCAAUAUCUGGACAACACAACUUCUCCUUGACAGUUAUGUGUGAAGGGUUACACCAUCUCUGGUUGACAAAUAAAGCCAGACCUCCUCCUUUCUUCUUGCCACUAGCUUGAGCAUCUCUGUCUGACCUUAUGAGAGUGAAACCAGGUAGAUCCAAACUGGAGUCUGAGUUGUUUUGAUUCAACCAGGUUUCAGUAAAACACAGGAAACUGCACUCAAGGUAUGCUUUCUCAGUCUUCACCAAUAUCUCCAGCUCAUUGCUUUUGUUGGGCAGAGAGUUGACGUUUCCCAUGAUGAUUGAUGGAAAAAAAGGGUUUAUAUCGCCACCUCCUAGCAUUCAGCUUUGCCUUCACCUUUGCACCAGCAUGGCAACCAGGAUAACACCUCCUGAUGUCCUCUGGAAUUGUAUGUUGUUGUCCAGAUUUGCUUUUCUCUUAAUGAAAGGAGCUCUUCUCUUGAGUAAACUCGUUGCCCAGCAGAUGUAUCCAUCAGCAGUCAACAAAAUGACAACAAAAAUAUUUAAAAAAUCUAGCAAAAAUUACAAAAAUUACAGCUAAUGCAGAGAGACCAGACUUGCAGCAACCUCUCGGUUCAAGCGCAUCAUUUGAAAAAUGAAAAAAAGGGGUUAUAAUGAUGCCGCCCACUCUAUGGAGUCCUCAUACACGAUCAACUAUAUCUAUUUUUCUAGACAGUAUUUGUAAUUUUUUUUGGAUGGUCACAAUAGAUAUUGACACAAGGUGCACACAAACAACAAUUCGCCCGAAUGCCGACUUGUGCUGGAGAAUGGGCCGCCUGUCCUACAGCCUGGGGGUUCCUGCUGGAGUUAUCAACCCACAAGGACAAAAGUGAUCGCCGUUUAUCACCGGUGAUUCUGGACAACAUCCCACCCGAGCUGAGAUGGCCAGCUAAGCGUAGGAAACGGGGAAAGAGAGGCAGGAUUUGGAACCGCCUGAGGCGACAGUACACCAGACCACCGCUCCCUGCCAUCAUCCUUAGUAACCUACGCUCCCUGAACAACAAGGUGGAAGAGGUCUGAGCCUAUAAAAGGUACUGCUACGAAUUCCGUGAAGCAUCUCUACUUUGUUUCACGGAGAGCUGGCUCCAACCUGAUGCACCCGACUCCCUGUAUGAGAUCAGUGGAUUCACGCUCGUGCGAGCCAACAGAGACACAAACCCUGGGAAAUCCAAAGGAGGAGGAAUCCUCACGUAUGUAAAUGACCUAUGGUGCCGUCAGUUCACUGUAAGAGAAACAAUCUGCAAUGCAAAUGUGGACAUACUUGGCAUAAGUUUAAGACCAUUUUAUUUACCCCGUGAAUAUGGAAGCAUCCUGCUGUGUGUUGUUUAUGUGCCGCCAAGCGGCAAAGUGGCCGUCACUAUUGCCGACUGUGUUCAUAGCCUACAGCAGCGAUAUCCAGGUUCACCUACUAUAGUUUUGGGGGAUCUAAAUCAUUGCUUCUUGGACAGCACGUUGCCUGGUUUCAACCAGUUUGUAAAAAGUCCAAAGACAAAACCCUUGACAAAUGCUAUGUGAACGUUAAAAUGGCAUAUGAGUCCAGAAUUAGACCCCCCAUAGCCAACUCAGACCACAACGUGGUGUACUUAUUCCCUACCUACAAAGCAAAGCUAAAAAGCAGCAAGCCAGAAGAGAGGGAAAUAAUGAAAUGGUCACCCGAGAGUAGGGAGCGGCUGGGAGCCUGCUUUGACUGUACAGACUGGGAGGCAUUCCACAGUACCUCCAUAGAUGAAACAACCACUGUGACCAGUGACUAUAUCAACUUCUGUGUGCAGAUGGCCAUCCCCACGAAAAAAAAUCAAGAUCUAUCCCUAUAAUAAACUGUAUGUGACUAGAGACAAUAAAAAUGAUAUUAAUGACAGGAAAACUGCGUUUAAGAAAAAGGACAUAGGCAAGAACCUAAAGAAGAAACUAAGGGAGGCGAAGCAGACUCACAGAAAGCGUCUGGAGGAGUCAUUUCACGCAAACAACCCUAAAAGACUCUGGGACACUAUGAAAAGUAUGACCGGCAUGACCCCAUCCAAUAAGCCUAUUAUGACCGAAAAUGAACUGGUGUUUGCCAAUGAACUUAACACCUUCUUCUCACGCUUUGAGAGUGUUAGCAUUGAUGGUAUAGAUAAGUGUGCAGGCAUACUUGAGUCUAUUGUGCCCUCUUCAGAGGACAGAAGCAUGAUUAGUGAGGAGGUGACCAGGCACACCUUCCUGCGUCUCAACUCAAAGAAAGCCCCUGGCCCGGAUUUAAUUAGCCCCCUCAUUUUGAAAGACUUUGCCACAGAAUUGGCACCUGUAUGGCAGCCUAUCUUUCAACAGAUUGUUGAUAAUCCCCAUACCAUUCCACAAGCCUGGUUGACUGCAUAUAUAAAACCCCUCCCAAAAAAAGCCAGUUCCCAAAGAAUGUAAUGACUAUAGGCCAAUAGCACUUACAUGGGUUAUCAUGAAAGCUCUGGAAAAGAUUAUGGUUCAUUAUCUCAACAAUGCCAUAUCAAACUCACAGGAUCCAUUUCAAUUUGCUUACAAGCAAGGUCGCAGUACAGAGGAUGCAGUUGUUAUACUGGUGCACCUCAUCUCCAAACAUUUAGAUAAACCAUACUCUUAUGCCAGAGGUCUUUUCAUAGAUUUUCCUUCCGCUUUUGAUACGAUACAGCCAGACUUACUUCUCACUAAAAUGGUUCAGUUACAGAUCAAUCCCUUUGUUAUUCAGUUCUAUCACACGUUCCUCACAAACAGAAUCCAGCAUGUAAAGGUGAACAAGACACUGUCCUCUCCCAUUAGGACCAGAGUUGGUCCACCCCAGGGCUGCAUCAGCUCACCCGUACUUUUUACACUCUACACAGCAGACUGUAACCCCUGUGAGCCAAAUCAGUUUCUUCUGAAAUACUCAGAUGAUUCUACCCUGAUAGCUCUGAUGACUGACAGUGAUGACCCGAGACAGUACCAGUGUAGUGUUGACCGAUUAGUGGAUUGGUGUGACAAUAGCCAUCUGAUUAUCAACACAAAAAAGACAGAGGAAAUUAUCUUUAGCCUUGCCCCUGGUGGUUUGACACCGCCAGGGGCUAUCCAUGGUGCAGAUAUUGUAAAAGUUCCAUCCUACAAAUAUCUGGGAGUGCUGAUAGAUAACACCUUAUCAUGGUCAUAUCAUAUUGACUGUAUCUGUAAGAGGGUACAGCAGCGUAUCCACUCCCUACGCAGACUUAGAUCGUUUGGUGCUAGCAGUCAGAUUUUGUCUCCCUUUUAUACUUCUGUCGUUCAAACUGUGAUGCUGUACUGUAGCACAGCCUGGUUCAAUAGCCUAUCUGUCACCUACAAGAACAAACUGUUUAGCCUAAUUAAGAUCCGUGCUAAAAUCACUGGUAGGCCGGUUGAUGUUGUGCUACACGCCUUUCAGGAAGCCCAUACUAAGAGUAUGCUUAGACUGGCAAACAGUAUCUCCUCCGAUCCCCUACAUGCAUUAAAUGGAGAAUACCAGCUGCUGCCCUCCAGGAGGCGUUUUAGAGUUCCCACAUUUAAGAAAAACAGACUAAAGAACUCUUUUGUUCAUCAGUCCAUUCUGCUUUUGAACCAGAAUCAAUAACUCAGAGGAUAUGUUUAUUUUUAUUUUUCUCUUUCUGAUGCUGUGAUGCAUCCCCUUAUUGUCUGCUGUCCUGUCUUGGAAUGUACUGUGAUUAUGAUGUAUUGCUGUGUCCUGUCUGUGUCCAGAACGGUGAAGCCAUGGAGGCAAGACAAAUUUCAGCGCAAGCUGACAAAGUUGUAUCGUAUCGUAUUGUAUAACAGACUUGAAAACUAACUGUUUAAAGAACAUCAAGAGAGGAAUGAUCUCAAAUCCUAAAGCUUUAUGAAGUAAAUUAGCAUUUUUAUUGUCUUGUAAGUCAUGUCAGUAGGCUUAUACUGUAGAUCUGCAGUCUAUAUCCUACAGCGGUUUUUACACUGAUGACUUGUUUGCUUUGCCCCAAAUCAUUUGAAAAAAAUGAAUCGUGUUGAAUCUUCUUAGUUGAUUGUUCUGUGUUUCAGUUGUAAGAGUGACCAUGUAAACUUACAGCCAUUGUCAGGGCACAACAGCUGUUUAAAGACUGAGAGACUGAGUGCAUUCACAAGACUCACGGUGGACCACAUACCUCCAUUUUUUUUUUUUUUUGAAAUGUCAAAUGAACUCAUCAGAUAGAUCUCUCUCAUGAAAGACAAAAAGGUAUUUAUAAGAGAUGCAUAUGGCUGAAAGUUGACAGGGUCACUGUUAACGCAGACACACAAGCUUCAAGACACUAACUCACUUUAGCCCGUCAGCCUGCUCCAAAUGUCUUGUGGGCUGACCUGGAGCAACAAAGAGCAACAACUACACUAGUUUCUGGACCAAUAGUUGUUGUGGAGUCUUGCAAUGUUUAGCCCCAGAGCUUGAGCUAAAUGAUUGAAUAGUUAGAAACGGUGAGUAACAUUAGCCUUUCACUAUCAUAAUGCUAACCAUCAGUUGUGGCAGUUGUAGUUCACCAGCAUACCACUACUAGUGUAAUGAGUGAAACGGCUGCUUUCAUUGGUUGCUGUGUCGAUGUCAUUUUCACUGCCAACAAACCACUUUGGGGUUUGAUUAGAAGUGAGCUAAGAGCACCUCUUCUCAGCCAUCAGGACUUGUAAGUUUAUCCCACUCCAGAAAUAUGGUUGCUGUGCUCACACAUUUCCAAAAUGAUCUGUGUGGAUCCAGAGGGUCAUUUCAGAACAUCUGCCGGGGUGAAAACAGCUGAAAUGUUUGUUAGGUGCAGCCUGCGUCGUCACGUAUGCACAGACAAAAGCUUAUGUCCUUUAACAUUGGUUCCCCUCAGUUUUCACACACACACACACACACACACACACACAAAUCACUAAAAACAGUGCAGCCCAUAGGACAACAGGGUAAACACAGCCCCCCUCGGCCGGAACCUAAUUGUCAGCUACUGCUGUGGCUAGUCCAGGGAUUAGGUACUGGCUGGGGAGUCCUAUUCACUCCCUCUUUCAUUCCCUUUGCCCACUGGGCCUUAUCACCAUCAAUCUGACAUGCUGUUUAUCUGACGCUGCAGCCAAAUCUGCUGGUCUAGGUGAAAUGGUCACAAAGGCUGUGGACCAUCAGCAUUUUGAUUGUGGACCCCAAAUGGCCAUUACUAUCUAUGGCCCCAGUGAUCCCAGCAGCCCUCUUUGGAUAGUCCCUAUCCCAAAACCUGGAAAGCUGACCUGGAGGUCUGUUGCUUUGUUUCUGUCAGUUGUGCUCUUCUUCAGUCUCAAUCAAGGUGGUUCUUCGUGUGCUGUGUAUAUGUUUCGUUGGACAGGAUCUCCAUGUGGAUUUGUUCGCUGCAGUACACUGCUUUUUUGAAACAGUGCUUUACUUUGCUAUUCCCUUUACCGGGGAUUUACCAGCAAGUGAACAAUCUGGAGUUUACCACUAAAGACUGAUCACUGUGUCAGUUUUGCUUCAUUGUGUUAAAGAAGAAGAAGUAGAAGAAAAAGCAUUUAAGCAUUAUGGCCUCCUUUAAGCUGGAUUUUCUUCCAGAGAUGAUGGUGGACCACUGCUCUUUGAAUUCAAGCCCGGUGUAAGUACCUUUCUGUGGCCAGCCUUGUAAGUAUGGUGUGUUCCUGGGGUUUUCCUUUGUUGAGGUAAAUCUUCACAUAUGAAGUGAUUUGUUAUAACAUUAAGUAGCUGCUGUUGGUGAUAUUUUAACAAAAUUGAAUCGUGGGAUGAUUGACAAAAAACUCAUUCAAGUGUUUGCAGGAAAUACCCAGAAAUGUUGUGAGUUCUUGUACAUAGAAUUUGCAACUGCACAAUGAUCCAGUCCUCUGGUAUAUAGUCUUUUGGAGCCUACCAGUAACUUCAUCCUAUUCACAGCUUGUUAAUGUCAUGGGAAAGCCUUAUUUGGUCAUAGACUAUUCUGUCUUUGAUACAUGGCAUACUAAUUGAACUUACAGUCUUUAUUGUCGAACAGGCUGCUCCAGCUCAUAGGCAAAGACUGCCUGUCUGACAUGUAUGAUAUAUUGACUCUUUUCCUUCCCCAAAAAGUCUCAAAAACAGAUCCUCCCUGAAAGCAUCAGUUAUUAUUCUUAACCCUUGUGUAAUGCUGUGGCUGAAAUAAGCCACUAGGGGCAAAAUUUAGCCACUAAUUUCCACAUAACUUUUUUUUUACUGCAGCAAAUGGGAUGAUUUUUUGUGCAGAUUCUUAUAUUGAUGAACACUUUGAGAAUAUAACUUCAAAAUUUUCACCAGGUCAAAAAUAUGGGCUUGGCAAAUUUUCAUCCGUUGUUAACGAUCAGUGGCUAAAAACAGCCGCUAACUUUGACUGCUUUAAAAACAUAUUGAGUUAAUAUUUUUUUCCAAUUUUUUUUCAUAUAUUUCUUUAUUAACUUCUGUUUUGAUCAAAACUAGUAAAUGUUUUUCAUCUAAAAAUAUUUUUUCAACCCUUUGAGGGUCCAUUAAAAACAUAAUGUCACAGAUAUGGUAGAAAAUAAAUCUAAUAAAAAUCAGUCAUUUUCCUCCCAUUUUUUCCCAAUAUUAGUGACUUUAUGUUUUAAAUGGGUCCUUAAAGGGUUAAAAUUUGGAUUCUUAAUGAAACAUUUACUAGUUUUAAAUAGAGCAGAAGUGAAUUAAGAGAUAUAUGAAAAAAAAUCUGGAAAAAAUAUGAAUCCAAUAUGUUUUUACAGCAGUCAGUGUCAGUGGCUGUUUUUAGCCACUGCGCGUUAAGAAAGGAUGUAAAUCUAAGGGUUAAACAAGGGAGGAACAUAUUUUGAAGUGACAUUUCUGUUACUUUUAUGAAUAGCUUCAGUCUUAAAUGAUCAGAUAAGGCUGCAGAAUAAAAAUAUGUAAAAACGAUGUAAAGGUUAAGAAUGGGGACAUAAAAUAACAAUUUGGUCAUUUACACUGAAGUGUUGGUGUUUGAUGAGGGCCACUUUUAGUAGAAGUAUAAAUCAGUCAUUAUAGCAGGAGGAAGAAAGCAGAGCUUGACUUUGGUGGUACAACACUAUAUUUCACUUCCCACAGGGUGAGGUAGGAUAUUGCAGGGGUUGGUAUGGCCUUUUCAUGUAGUGGGACCCAGGAGGCUCACUUUACACCACUGAAGCUGAUUAGAGAUUAACAACUACAAUUUGGUAGUCAUGAAAGGGCUACUUUACUGGAGUCACACUCUUGUUGUGAUACCUUGAAAUUCCUUCAACAUAUUGUGAAUAAUGUUUUUUUAAUUAGACAGCAGAAUUUGUUUUGUGUUGUGGAGGCUGGGGUCCCAUUCAUGGAAGAGUGUGUAUCAUCCAUGCUACAAAUGGACAGCACAAAACUCUUGAAAAGGGAUCAAAUGCAAAGCAUUAGUACUUUUAUAAAUAACUGCCAUGUGCACUCAUAAAAAGCCUCUCAUUCCUGUCUCUACUGCUGAACAUACAGUAAACGGUACAUGUAUAGCACCUCAUCAAUAAAUGUUUGUCAGUGUUCCCUCUUCAGUCAAGCUUGUCUCUAUGAUCACAGCCUUUCUGUAGGCAAAGGUGUAUGUUUAUUUUUUGGUGUGCCUUUUGUGCGUUAUGAGCAAAACCUCAAGUUGUCUGGCUCUAUAUUUCUUAACAGUAAUGGGACAGAAUCCCCUCAGAAGUUGAGAGUUGGUUACAUUGAGGGCACAACAACUUUUAUAUGUGUUAUUCUCUUGGAAAUAAGAGGACUAAAGCCAUUGGGUUGAACUAUGAAAACCCUGCGAAGGCAGCAUAUCUAAUGAUGAAAUAAGAUUGUUUUUUCCGGAUUAUGAGACAUAUUUGCCCAUUAAAAAUUUGACUCCAGCAACAGUUUCAUGAUAACUUUGGACCAGCUCAGGUUUACUGCUAUAAUGCAGCUUUCCUCUUAGUGACUCAGCACUCCUGAAAUGUCCUUUAAUGCUCAGUCGUGUUACUGACUUGUGAAAAUGAAGCUAAAUAGUUAAGUGUUCCCCCAGGUGCUUUUUUUGCAUUACACAACAUUUUCAGUGUUUUCUUGCUCUUAUCUGAAUGAAUUGUUGCUGGAUUCAUCAAGCACAUGUAGGCUAGCCUAUGUAAGCUUAACCACAGCAGAGAUUCCAAGCAGCCAAACACUGCUGAGCUAUUAAAAUGUGAUGCUGAUGACGAACAAAGACAAUAUAAGCUUUGCUAGUGAAUCAGACUUCUCAUCUACCUUGAUGUAUGAUACCAGUGUACCUCAUACUGUCUCACUCUUGUACAAACCUCAGUUCCAGUGAAGAUGGGAUGUUGUGUAAAACUUAAAUAAAAACAGAAUACAAUGAUAUCCUUUUCCAAUAAUAUUCAACUGACUACACUACAAAGACAAGAUAUUUGAUGUUCAAUCUGAUUAACUUGAUUGUGUUUUCUAAAUAUUCACUCACUUUGAAUUUGAUCUUGGAGCAUGUUUGUAAAAAUCUGGUUUAGGGUCAUGUUUCUCUCUGUGUUUCAUCACCUUUCCUUUAACAGUACUCAACAAGUCUGUGUGAACUGAGGACACUAACUGUUGAAGCUUUGGAGGUUAAUUCUUACACAGUCUUGAUUAUUCUACCACUUCAGACCACUUUUAAGCUUCAUAAUGCUCCACACAGUUUCAAAGGGCGACAGGUCUGGACUGCAGGCAGACCAGUCUCGUACCUGGACUUGUUGACUCGGCAUUAAUGGAGCCUUUACACAUGUGACAGUUAGCCAUGGGCACUAACACACCCCCUGACCAUCACCGAUGCUGGCUUUGAACUUUGACCUGAGAACAGUCUGGAUGGUCCUUUCCUCUUUAGUCCAUGGUUUCAAGUUGUGUGUUGAGAAACAUUGUUCUUAAACUGUUGGACUGUUUGCCCACAUAGUUGAUGUUCUUGACAAAGUGGUGAACCAGUCCUAUCCUUGCUUGUGAAGGAGUGAGCCCUUCAGAGAUGCUCCUUUUAAACCCAAUCAUGACCCUCACUUUUUUCCAAUGAACCUGUUUACCUGUGGAAGGAUUCAAACAGGUGGUUUUGGAGCAGUGCUCAGUUUUCAGUCUUUUGUUGAUCCUGAACCAAAAUGAGCGAAAAUUUACAAACGAACGAACAAACAAACAAAACACAAUCAAGUUUAUCAGAUUGAACAUUAAAUAUCUUGUCUAAGUAGUGUAUUCAGUUAAAUGUUGAUGGGAAAGGAUUUGCAAGCCAUUGUAUUCCGUUUUUAUUCAAGCUUACACAAUGUCCUAACUUCACUGGAGUUAGAGUUUGUUCUUCUUGUCAGGAUAGCGUAUUUUAUCUGCCACAGCAAAAAAGUUUCAGACAGAAAGCUUAUUUCUCUCAGGCUGGGAUAAAAAAAAAAAAAAAACCUAGCAGUGCAGGGCACAUGCGCACUGCCAAUCUCAUUAAAAUGAUUUAAAAUUAUGUUAUUUUGACCAAAUGUAAAUUAGUGAAAAGAAAAGUUUAUUGUUGGAAAGGAUUCAUGAAGGUUGUAUAAGCACUGGAUUGAGUACUGAAGUUUAGAUUUAAUUGCAUCAGAGAAGCUAAAUGUGAUCUUAGCACUGCCAUUGCUAAAAUUAUGGCCUUGAACAGAAAUAUUAGGCAGAUGGUGGUUUUAUGUAGAUGUCCAGGCAGAGUAAGAGGAGCUGAGCUUCACCUGAGCAAUUUUACAAACUCUAACUAAACCAAUGAAACUGUGCUUGGAAAGAGUGUAGAGAGAUUCUCCUUGCUCUGUGUCUGUUGGUUUGUCCUGGUGGCAGCCGUAAGACUUUUUGUAAGAUUUUGCCACAUUACCCCUGUUGCUGAAAUGUGGAUGGAUGCAAGGUGCAGACUAUAAAGCCAUGAAAAAAGAAUAAAAUGAAAAAUAGUGAACAUAAACCAUAGCAGAAAUGACAGAAAUAUGUCCAUAGAGUUGAAUCUAAGAGAAAACACAGUGCAGUGUGGUAAUUAUGAAUGGAAGGGCCUUACCUUAAUGUCAUCCUGUUAAUGCUGCAGUAUCUCAACCAAAAAUAUCCUUUCUGUGCAUCCAGACCACAGAGUGGACCAGGAACAUUAAGGCAGAGUUAAAGAUUUAGUAGCAGAAGCUUGUAACAGAAAUAAUUGUGGCUGUAGUUGAGUGAAGGGUGAAAGAUCACUCGUUCAUUAUUGCGAUACUUAUUACAAUGUCUUGUUAAGAAUAUAAAUCAGUGCGGCUGUCUCUCCUUAUGCUAGCUGAAUAAACCAACACACCAGAAAUUGGAACACGCACCAGUCAUGUGCUGUACAGCGGUUAAAUUUGAGUUUUAAUGUAGUGAGUAGAAUCUGCAGCAUCCCUUGACAUAGGAAUUGAAUUAACCUGUUGAUGAACAUCAAGUACUUAAAGCAAAAACACACACGUGCGUGCAGGACACUUUUCUGGAUGAGAGAGAGAGGGAGAGAGAGCAGGAGAAACCAAGCUGCAAAGAACAUAAAAAAACCGGGGCUUCAAACUCUCGUAGUCCAGUUUGUGCUUUAAAAAUUACAAUAAAACUAUUGUUUACACUCACUUUCUGCUUUUAAAAGUGGAUUGUGUGAUUGAUUUCUCUAAAUUGUCAGUUUCAUCUGCCUUAGACACUUGCUGUUUUGUAUAGUUUAAAUCAGUUUAUAGAGCUCCAAGAGCAUUGGAUUUGAAUUUGGCAUUUAAAUUUUCUUCAUGACUAAAACCAGUGCUAUUUUACACAAAUUUUGCACAAACCUCAUGAAGUGAUCUCAGAACAAGGCAGGCAUUAAAAAGAGUCAUUUAAAUGCCAUCACACAUUUUGUAGAGAAAGGUGCACUGUUGUUAAGAUAAAGAAAUUGCAAAGUGGGAUUGUCUCUAAAUUGACUGUUUCCAUUAAUACAAAUUUGAUUUUGUAAUUAAAUUAAAGACAAUCUGACCUGAAAGUCCAGGUUAGAUCUGCAAGAUCUUACCUUAACCCCAUAUCUUUAAUUCUGCUAUGAUUUUAUACUCCACUUUGUCGUGAUGUAAUUUCUUUGACUCUUCAUUUUAUAACAUCUGACUUGAGUAUACAUUUCACUGUCAGAUUGAAUUGCAGCUGCCAUCAAGCUCAUGUUGGUCUGAUGAUUUUCACAAAAGAUAUAUGGACAUACAUGAAAUGAAAAUAGAGCUGUGGAUCAGAGUGGGCGUUGUUUUUAGAUAGACUGAUAGUUUUUCAGGCAAAGUGUGGGCAAGCUCCUGCAGUGGGAGUGUCUGUUAACAAAGAAAAAUGGGCAGCAGUGUGCAGUAAAAUGAGUUAUUAUGAUCAAACAGUACUGUUUAGAUGUUGGGACACUCUUCACGCAAAACUUUUCACUUUUCUUUCCCGUCAGUCUUUUUGGCAAGCAGUGACACCCCCAUGUCAUAAUAAAGUGAUUGAAAUUUAUGAUGGAAAAUUAACCAAGUGUUGUCUUGGGAACACAAUAGCUGCCUGAGAACAUCCAUCAGUGUGUGAGGCCUGGUCCCAGUGGCCCCAUGGUUUAACUUGAAUAAGAAAGCCUGUCAAGAUAGCCUAAGUCACUGAUCCCUUUUGUAUGAAAAGCACUUUAUAAAUAAAGUUAGAUUUAAUUUGAUUUCAUUUGAUAGCAGUUGUUGGAGGUGGAUGGUCCAGGUGGCUAUAGUUGAUAGUGAUGCCGAUUUUCUUGUUAUAAAGCCAAAGACCAACCUUGAUACACACUGUUGUCACCUUAAAUAGAAGAUUCUGCCACUUGCUCUGCCUAGUCAGGAAUAACCUGGAACCCCUCGGUGUUGCAGUGAGGCCAAGUUCCAGCUCCUUCCUGUUCCAGAAGGGGUUGAGAGGGUUGCUAUGGGUGGAACGUUGAAGACCUUGAAUAUCCCAAUUAGUAAUUACAACCAGAGUCAAAGGCCUAUUGGAAAUCAAGAGAACACACAUCCUUGCCGUGAAGGAUGUUCUGAAAUGAGUUGUGUAAAACUUCUGAAGGUAAACUGCCUAAUUGGUUUGCUGAGUGUGGGUAAAGGUGGAACAUCUAGCAGCAGCAGCCUUACUUCUUCUUUGCAGGUUAACAUAACCAUGCCUUUGUUAGAUAUGCAUUCUUUGUUUGAGGGUUAUAUGACACUUAAACUGUGUCUAUUUGCUGGAUUAUAGUACUGCCAGAACAUAGUCUGACACAACACACUUUUAAUCUCUUGUGUUUGUUUUGUAGUUUUAUAGUAUAUAGUCACCACUGACUCAGAACUACAGCACCAGCUCUGGAUGGAUGUCUGUAGCAAAAAUAAAUCAUAUUGAUCGAUAUCGAUAAUUGUCGAUAUAAUUAUUAUAAUUAUUUAACAUAUAUUUUAAUUGCAGCCCUGGAUGUUUUAUGCUAUUGCUUAAUGACCUACUUUUAAUAAAGAACACACAAGCACUGAAUUCAAAUCCAAACCUUUAUUCAACCACCUUUUUUAUUUUACCACAACUGAAAGUUUUUUAAAAAAGAACUAAAAAAAAAAAGAAAUCAACUUAAGUGGCCUGAGUGACGUCAGUAAAUACUGACAAACAUUAAGACUAAAGUGACCAGAAAAUCUGAUUAAUAAAUAUUUAAAUAGUCUUUUGAUGAAAAUAAACAAAACAAACAAAUAUAUAAAUAAACAGAAUAGCUUUAGGUGGGAAUAGCAUACUACCAGUUUUAACUGUGUGGGAAACUGCCCACAGCCUGGUGUCUGAACACUGAAAUAUUUCUCCCGGGGUCGGGAGAUUUAUUUUUUUCAUCAUGUGAUUGACUUAAUACACAAACUAAGCACGAGAAGCAGGACUUAUCCACGCCGGUGUUGUGUCGUAGAAUGCACCCCUGCCGAAUGCACCCCCUGCUAGUAGCCAUGAUCCAAAUACUCGCGUCUUUGUAAAAUAUGAGCUCAUUUGAACGUAUUUCCUCCGCACCCUUCUCACCUUUUCAACCCCUGACCCAUUUUCAUGCCUGAAGCGCUGUGUUUGAGAAAUACUUGCGGCCGGGCACUUCAUAUCGCGGGUCGAGAGUGGCUAGAAGCUGGUCGAAGCCAGGCUAUUCAACGGUAGUUAUUGGCAGUAUGUCCCUCGCUAUGGAGCAUGUUACUGCAUGGGUGAUGUCCUUAUGCCGCUCGGACGCUUUGUCGUAUUUUGGCAAGAAACGAAGUCCAGUUUGGUCUGCUUCACUUGCUUUGUGCUGGUGCUGGCAGCGGUUCCAGAGGAUUCCUCCGACGAUGACGUGGAGCCGCGGCGCGGCCGACACAGCUCGUACUCCUGCGGGUGCGACCGGUUUAGAUGGUAAAACAAGUUGGUUGUGUUACCAGACUUGGUUUUUACUAAUUCUCUGCAAAUUUUGCAAACGACCGCUGUUCGCUUUUUGUCAGACUUCUAAAAACCAAAACAUUGCCAUGCUGGUGAACCACUGAGACCUUUUUUUCGGGACAAUGUCCUCCGCUUCUCCUUGCUGUAUCAUUUUUUCUAAUACACGUGCUGUCUGUUGUGGUUUGAUAGGGGCUGGGCUUGGUGCCGUAGCGUACCUGGGUCUGCGUUUGUGAUUGGUUGGGAGGAAGUAAUGACUGUAGUAAAAGCUACAUGAUAGGCUAUGAUGAAAAAGAAAGGGAAACUGUGUUUUUCUAUCGAACUUUUUAUCGACCCCUUUUUUUUCUAUCGCACCACACGUCUAUCGAUCGAUAUAUAUUGUUAUCGAAUUAUCGUCCAGCACUAGUAUAUAGUCACCACUGACUCAGAACUACAGCACCAGCUCUGGAUGGAUGUCUGUAGCAAAAGACACAGCAGAAGAUGGCAUUUUAGAUCUGCAGCACUAAAUAAUAGAUAAUCAAACCGUCCAGCCUUCAUGUACAUGUACAAUAGGCAUGGCUCUGUUUUAUAAUCAUGCCUACUCAGUCCUUCUCCUCUGUUAGACUCCUGCUCUCACUGUUGAUGCUGCUAGCCCAGGACAGACUCAACUUCUCCACACCAUUUAGCCUUCAUAUAUAUGCACAGAAAAGUUUAAAUUAGCCUUCGCAGUCUAUCUCAAACUGCUUGUUAAAACAGCAGAAAUGAGCUGUUUGACAAAUGUACCCAUUGCAGUUUUAAGUUAAGGUUGUUAGCAUCUUUGAUGUGCCCAUCUAAUGCACUAGUAUUUGUCUUUGUAGUGGAAAAAAGAUGAAUGGGUCCCUGGAGCACCCCGACCAACCAGACAUUGAUGCAAUUAAGAUGUUUGUGGGCCAGAUUCCACGGUCCUGGUCUGAGGAGCAGCUUCGUGAGCUAUUUGAGCCUUAUGGAGCUGUCUAUGAGAUCAAUGUUCUCCGGGAUCGCAGCCAGAACCCUCCACAGAGCAAAGGUAAGAGUUAAAGGCACACAGUAACACUUUUUGAACAGAAGCAGUCUAAUGUGUAGACUGCCACAGCCUUCUUCCUUGUGUCUUUUGUCUUUGUCUUUUCCAUCCCUCAACAGGCUGCUGUUUUAUAACUUACUACACUCGCAAAUCAGCUUUGGAAGCACAGAACGCUCUGCACAACAUGAAGAUACUUCCAGGGGUACGUAACAGCCUCCUCAUUUUACUGCUUCAGAUGUUUGCUGGUCCUUGACAACACUUUAGAUUCCAGAUGGUUUUCUUUCACUGUUCCACUGUUGGCUGUUUUGGUUGGUCAGCAUACAAACUAACCAGUUAAAAUGGAAAAAGAAAGUAACUGAAAAUAAGUCUUCCCCUUUAACAAAAUGGUCUGUAACUGUAAUUUAAAGCUAGUGGAGGGUAAUUUAUCACAGUUUUGUGACUAUGGUACCACCAGUUGUAUUAAACACAAAGUGAAUACCCACAUUUAUGGCAAUUAAAGAGACGACUGUAUAUUAUAACAUAUGGGAUAUUUUAUUGAUAAUUGGUUUGUUUGAUGCUCCUUAGCAUAUGUACUUGUACUUUUGUUGAAUGUACAGUAGAGCUCUAAACUAUCCAUAGGAGACAGGGUCAUUUUCAAGGGCUUUUUUUUUCAGAGCUCUGGAAGCUCAUGAACAAUUCACCUCUGAGUCGUGGGCGGAGACAGUGCUGCUCUGCACACUCCUCUUCAUACUGGUUUGCAGCCUAACAUUGCGUAGUAUAGUAGAAGUGACAGGUAACAUAGGAGCUAUUCAUCUCUCAGACACUUACGUCUUUAGGGACAUGAUGAAAACCGAUAUCAUAAUUAGCUUUCUGACGACCAUUGCAAUCUGCUAAUGCACACACUUGUUCCACCAUCUUCCUCUAUACUUCUCGGGGUCCGGCCUGCAGAGUGGGUGGAGCUUAAAUUUGUGACAUAGGAAAUCUCACUGUGUCUGAGCCUGCUGUUUGGAUCUGACAGAGGUUUACAGCGAUUUGAAAGCAGAAAUACUCAGAAAUGCAAUUUUGCUCUUACUUUUCUCAUGAUAUGUCCUGUAGCAUCAGAAAAAUGUCAUAUGAACAUGUAGACAACAAGAAAAACAUGAUUUUGAUCCGAGAGGUUCUUUAACUUGCUUUUUAUCUGGGAACAUUUGCGUAAGAAGAAUCAUUUGCGGCCAUACAACCUGUUCAAUGAAAUAAUCUCCUAAAAUAAAAACUUAUCAAAACUUUUUGGAACUGUGUGCAGCUAACCUCCUUUAAGCUCUGCGGUCUAUUACAUACUUUCAUUCUGAUAAAUGUGGUGCCAGGAAUGAUCCUUACUAACUCUUUAAAAAUAUGUCACACAACACAAAUGUGAGCUUGUGUCUGUAAUGGGUUAAAAUGUGUUGUUUAUGCCUUAUCCAGAUGCACCAUCCAAUCCAGAUGAAGCCGGCUGACAGUGAAAAAAAUAAUGGUAAGAAUGUUUUUUUUUUUCACAUUUCUGUGACUCUGGCUCAGCCUCGUAUAAUUAUAACGCCCACCCUACCCUGGGGUCCCGUUUACAAAGAGUGAAUCCUUAUUUUAAGUGUAAGUACACUAAAAUCCCAGGAAUCAGUCCCAGAAAUCUGUGUACCAUCCCGUUGCUGCAGUUUCAUAAAUGCAUGCAGGUAAUCAGGAUGUGCUGGGUGAUGAGCGGUAGCUGGUUUGCCUCUGCAUCACCUGCAUCGCUGACCACCCUUUGCUUCAAAAAUGUAUACAUGUACAGUAUGGAUAACAGUUUGCUUUUCCUUGUGAACGUUUCCCAUCAGGUUUGUCUCAGUAGAUCUUAAACCUAGUGUGGUUAGUUGAGAAUAGUGUCUGCUUUCAGUCCCUGAUUUUAAUGUAAAAAACAUUCAUAAAUGAGACCCAAGGACCUCACAUGUUGUCAGUCAGAUGUCUGAAUUUCUUUUUACCUUUGUCGGUCUGCAGUGCAGUGCAACAUUAUAGCUUGGCUAACUUGAACAUUUCAGUCUCACACUGCUUACGAGUGUUAACAUUUUUAACUCAAAAUCUGUGGGUUUCUUAGUCCCUGUGAGGCGAGGUUUUGAUGCUAUGAGACAAGCUGGCAUACUUGAUUCUUUGAAAAAAUGUAAAUUUGAAGUGAUAUUUUAAUGGUGAGUAUCCUCAACAAAAAAUGAUCAUAGCAGCCAUCAAAACAUAUGAUACUGUCCUCAGAGUGGCACAGAGCACUAAAAUGAUUCUGUUCUUGCCUGAUUUUUGAGCAUGUGCCAAUGGAGUCAAGUGUUUUGGAUAUGAACAUUUAGUUGCAUAAUCAUGUUGCAUACACUUUGACGUAGAACAGGUGUGUUUGAUGUUGUUUUGUGUCAAUAUAGCAGUGGAGGACAGAAAGCUGUUCAUUGGAAUGAUCUCUAAGAAGUGUAAUGAGAACGACAUCCGGCUGAUGUUUUCCCCAUACGGACAGAUAGAAGAGUGCCGCAUACUUCGAGGCCCGGAUGGACUCAGUCGUGGUAAGGCAUAUUCUGGUGUAAGACGGAUGCUCCAAAACACAGCGCAAAGAAGAUGGUGUAAAUAGAUAAAUAGAAACAACUUUUCAAACAACCAACCAUCCCUAUCUGCCCAUCUCUUCCAGGAGAAGUCAUUUCUGUUUAAGAAAACUGGUUCAUAAAAACACCUCAUUGUCUACAAUCUGACAUUUUGGCACAUUCAGUGUGAUCAGCCACUUCUAUGUUGUAGUCACUAACUGUAACACACUGUUGAGUCUAAGAAAAGAUAUGGAUGCUCCCUGCCAUUAUCCAAAGCAAUCCUAUUAACAAUAAUGACAACAUAACAGCUUGAUUUCUUCAACAAUAACCUCUGUACAGUCGUCAUGUGUACAGCAAUGGCGAAGGUGAGAGAGCGAGACAGGAGACGGCAACAACAUUAAAACAACAUCAACAGCUCAUGUAAAGUUGUAGUUGCAGAGCAAGUAAUGAUGAAACAAUAUAAUUUCAGUUUUACAGGAUUAGGAUAUAAGUAAUUAUGGACUAAUUUAAUGUGAUUACAGUCAGCAGGCCCAGUAGUAGUUAACUCUAGCUUUAUGUUAUUAAUGUCAGUUAGGCGUAGUGCAGGGUUAGGGUCAAAAUUGUGUCUAUGUACUGAUCAGGCCGUCAUGUUGCAUUUGUUGGCGACUUGUUUGCUUUUUUAGUCCGUGUCCUCAGAUGUUUAACUCCCUCUGACAAACAAAAAUCUGCCCCCCUCUGAACUGAACACACUGUAUUUUCUAAAAAAUGAUCAACAUUUUUACUUUUAGGCAGAGAGAAAAGGAACACUAAGAAUAAUAAUGUUUAGACAGUAUAACCACAGAAAAGAAAGCCAAAGAAAGAUAGUUUGACUCUUAGAACUGUUGGACCGUCUGGAAUCCACUCAUGGAAAGUUCUGUCUGUCAUUUUUUUUUUCUUUCAGGUUGUGCUUUUGUCACAUUCACAGCAAGACAAAUGGCUCAGUCCGCCAUCAAGUCUAUGCAUCAGUCCCAGACUAUGGAGGUAAAAACUUCAGUUAUAAUGUUAGGCUGUUACCUUGGUUCAAUAAUUAGUCUGUUUUAUUAUCUUUGCAGAUUAACAGCAUUAAACCAGCAGAACUUUGAUGGUAAAAAAACAUCCUGUUUUUUGGAGCAGCAAGCCUUUACUUGUUGAGCUCAUAACCUGUUUCUAUUUAAAUGAAAAUUACUCAGAACUUUACACAACUUUUGAUUAUUUUAGAACUUAAAUGGGGCUGAUACCCCUGCUGGGAUGACACUUCACCACUCGCUAACAUCGCUAAUGGCUGGUGACUGGCUCAAUUUCCAAAUAACCUCCAUCAGCUUGGCGUUGACAGCGUUCAUUAUGUUUAAAAAAAAAAUCUCCCUUAAAUGACGUUCCAUCUACUCUUUUAUAAAGUGUGUAGGUAAACACACUAAGUGGCCUGAAUACAAAAAGUCCUCUGUUUAUAUUCAUAGGGAUGUUCAUCGCCCAUCGUGGUAAAGUUCGCAGACACUCAGAAGGACAAGGAGCAGAAACGCAUGGCCCAACAGCUGCAGCAGCAGAUGCAGCAACUAAGUGCUGCCUCCAUGUGGGGAAAUCUAACUGGGCUCAACAGCCUUGGUCCACAAUACCUUGCAGUGAGUAUGUUUAUAAGGAUCUUAUAUGUGUUUAUGUAAAAUGUGAUGAUGAAGCACUUUCACUCAUUUAAACAUAACUGUCACUUUUUUCAUACUUCCUCUGGCAUCAGCUCUACCUACAGCUACUGCAGCAGUCAGCUUCCUCAGGGAACGCACUCAACAACCUGCACCCUGUUUCAGGUAGACACACAUGCACUCUCUCUAAAUAAUGCACUGCCAUCAACCAUCAUGUGCUCAUGUUCAGUGAAGAUUUCGGUGGGUAAAUCUGUAUCAUUAUUUAAACAGUUAAAUCUUGAUGUUCAGGAGAUUCUUGCUACUGCCCAGAAACCUCCACCACCACCAGGACAGUUGCUCUAAUGUCUAAUAGUGGGUGAAGUCUUGAACUUAUUUGUGUGUGUGUGUGUGUGUGUGUGUGUGUGUGUGUGUGUGUGUGUGUGUGUGUGUGUGUGUGUGUGUGUGUGUGUGUGUGUGUUUGUUCGUGUGCUUCCGUUAGGUCUUCAUGCCAUGCAGAACCUAGCUGCCUUAGCAGCAGCAGCAACUGCCACCCAGGCCACACCUGCAGGUUCCAACGCCAUGACAACUUCUAGUAGCCCACUAAGUGCACUAACAAGCUCAGGUACAAAACAGUUACUGCAACAGAACUGUUUACAGAAAAAUGUACAUUUAGUGAGUUCACAUAAAUGCCUGUAUAAGAAACAAUCUGAUAACUUGAAAAACAAAUCCUAAAGCUCCCCAGAAAUCAACAACAGUUUAUCUCCAGAAAUGUGUCUUGAUUGCCGGUACUAUCCUUGUUGUUUGACUCUGUGGAACUGAUUUGUCUUUUAUUCUGGAGUGCAUUAAAUAUGAUUUCAACAGUUAUUUUUCUCCCGGCAGGCUCAUCCCCAACCUCCAGUAGCAACUCCUCAGCCAACACCAUGGCCUCUUUGGGAGCACUGCAGUCUCUGGCUGCAGGUGCUGGAGCAGGCCUCAACAUGGGCUCCCUGGCAGGUACUAAUCCUUCUGCUUAUGUCUGUUCCUAGAGUAUUCAAAGAUUGAUACAUUCUCACCUGUGAGGGCAUUUCAGACAUAGACUUUAAGUUUUACAAAUACUGUAGUUUCUACAGGAUCACUAUUUUAAUAUUUAUAAUGAGAUUCCUGUUUAGAUAGUUCCUGAGAGGUAUUUAUUUCUCAUAUGCAUGGAUAAGUACUCUUCUAAGUAGCAAUAGCAAACUCGGUUAAUAAUUCCACAAGAGCCACUUAAGACUAAAAGACAGUUUGUAAAAACAUUCUUAAAAAGGAAAAAUUAAAUAGAUAAUAUAGACAUACAGACUGAGGUCACCUGUUGAAUGAUCGUAUCCCCUGAUCGUAAUAACAUCCUGUUAUUAGACUUUAAAUCAUGUUUCUGACCCAAAGAUGCAUCAAGAAAAAUAGAGAGUAAUGAUGGUCAAGAGACAUAGAAGUGAGAGUGCAGGCACUGCUAAUGAAAACAAGGAACAUUGCGUGCAAAGGUUUGUGGGGGUUUGUACGGGAUGUGAGCAUACUUUCAAAUGGCGUCGGGGUCCUGCCCUGGAAAAAGUUCGUCCUCUUCAACAGCCUGCUCAUUAUACAUCACUCUGCUCAUUACUGGACUACCAGCUAAAGAAAUAGACGAGAUGACACAUCGUAUUUAUAGUGAUGAUUUAACUAGGAUUUACAAAGCCCAAUGAAGUUGGGAAGAAGUGUAAAUCAUAAAUAAAAACGGAAUACAAUGAUUUUUAAAUCCUUUUCAACCUCAACACAUGACAAAGAAGUUGAGACAGGUGGCAAAAAAUACUGAUAAGUUUGAUGAAUGCUCAUCAAACACCUAUUUGGAACACAGUUGAGCAGGUUAAUUGGGAACAGGUGGGUGCCAUGAUUGGGUAUAAAAGCAACUUCCCCCAAAAUUCUGUCAUUCACAAGCAAGGAAUGGGCGAGGUUCACCACUUUGUGAACAACUGCGUGAGCAAACAGUCAAACAGUUUAAGAGCAACAUUUCUCAAAGUACAAUUGCAAGGAAUUUAGGGAUUUCAACAUCUAAAGUCCAUAAUAUCAUCAAAAGGUUCAGAGAAUCUGGAGAAAUCUCUGCACGUAAGCGGCACUGCCGGAAACCAACAUUGAAUGCCCGUGAGCUUCGAUCCCUCAGGUGGCACUGUAUCAAAAACAGACAUCAAUGUGUAAAGGAUAUCAGCACAUGGGCUCAGGAACACUUCAGAAAACCACUGUCAGUAAAUACAGUUCAUCGCUACAUCUGUAAGUGCAAGUUAAAACUCUACUAUGCAAAGCGAAAGCCAUUUAUCAACAACGUACAGAAACUCCGCUGGCUUCUCUGGGCCCGAGCUCAUCUAAGAUGGACUGAUGCAAAGUGGAAAAGUGUUCUCAUUUCGAACUGUUUUUGGAAAUAGUGGACGUCAUGUCAUCCGGGCCAAAGAGGAAAAGAACCAUCCGGACUGUUAUGGACGCAAAGUUCAAAAGUCAGCCUCUGUGAUGGUAUGGGGGUGCAUUAGUGCCCAAGGCAUGGGUAACUUACACAUCUGUGAAGACAACAUUAAUGCUGAAAGGUACUUACAGGUUUUGGAGCAACAUAUGCUGCCAUCCAAGCAACGUCUUUUUCAUGGACGCCCCUGUUUAUUUCAGCAAGACAAUGCCAAGCCACAUUCUGCACGUGUUACAACAGUGUGGCUCUGUGGUAAAAGACUGCAGGUACUCGACUGGCCUGCCUGCUGUCCAGACCUGUCUCCCAUUGAAAAUGUGUGGCGCAUUAUGAAGCGUAAAAUACGACAACAGAGACCCCGGACUGUUGAACAGCUGAAGCUGUACAUCAAGCAAGAAUGGGAAAGAAUUCCACCUUCAAAGCUUCAACAAUUAGUCUCCUCAGUUCCCAAACGUUUAUUGAGUGUUGUUUAAAGGAAAGGUGAUGUAACACAGUGGUUAACAUGCCCCUGUCCCAACUACUUUGGCACGUGUUGCAGCCAUGAAAUUCUGAGUUAAUUAUUAUUUGCAAAAAAAAUAAAUAAAUAAAGUUUAUGAGUUUGAAACUUAAAUAUCUUGUCUUUGUAGUGUAUUCAAUUGAAUAUAUGUUGAAAAGGAUUUGCAAAUCAUUUUAUUCUGUUUUUAUUUACGUUUAUCACAAUUUUCCAACUUCAAUGGAAUUGGGUUUUGUAUUUAUACAGCUAAAAAUAGAGUUCCUCAAAGUCCAUAAGUAGGUCGCACUUCAUGGUAUCCUUGUGGGUCAAACUGUAUGAUUUCAGUCACGGUAAGCCAAAUUUUUUCUGCUGACAUUUUGAACUGAUGCAUGUGAUGAGCUCGGUGCCUGAUCAUGGUCCUUGAAAAUGUUGAAAAUGUCUUUGGAUCCUGUGUGAUAAGAAUUUUUAAUUCCACAGAGGUGAAGUAGGAGAUCCACUUAAGCCAUGGUGAAUUGUAGCAUCAGGGCUCCACUCAUACUGGCUAUUAUUACCAUUGUGCAUGUGCUCAGCCCCGCGUAAACUUUCUUAGAGUUGACUGAACUAACUCAAACCAGCUUUUCUGGAAUCAGAAACCUUGAGUUCCCUGUCUCAUCUUAGAAUAACCAAAUCAUCUGGUUGUUCUAAGUUCACCUUUUCAUGCACAGUGAGUUCAGAAGAACGUUUGAUCACGAAAGUUAAGGUUUUAAUCAGCCUUGCUGGAAAACACACUGAAAGUAAAACUUUUAUGGCUCUUUGUUCCAUCAACUUUUAAUAUGUGCCACUUGAAGGACUAAGCAUUUACCUUUUCACCCAUGUCAGUUUGUUUUUUGUUGUGGUACUGGUGCAGGCAUGGCGGCCCUGAAUGGCAGUCUUAGCUCUGGAGGUUUGUCCAAUGGUUCAGGAAGCACCAUGGAGGCACUGAGCCAGGCCUACUCAGGCAUCCAGCAGUAUGCUGCCGCUGCCCUCCCCAGCCUGUACAACCAGAGCCUGCUGUCCCAGCAGAGCAUCUCAGCAGCAGGUAGCCAAAAGGAAGGUGAGUUCUGUGGACCGGGAGGAAAAAAGGGGAUGGGGGAGCUGUGGCGGACAGUAGAGAUGAUGUGUAUGAAGAUAUUAAAAUGUAAGGUGUCAAGUGACCACAUAGAUUUUACACUACAACAAUAUAAACUACAUAUACUGUAUAUAAGCUGUAUCAAAUGAUGCCAAGUUGAAGGAUUGCAAUGUUAAUUGGAGAAACAGUUAUGAACAAUUAAAUUAAAAACAAUACAACAUCCUAAUUUACUAUUGAAAGUAUCAAGAAGCACCAAUGCUGAUGACAGUCAGCGCUCAGGUGAAGUGAAUAAAUCAGCAAAACUGAGAAAUGAAGAAUAAGGAAAAAAAAACCACAAGUCCUCACCUGAAGUGUGUAUAGUAUGUAAGUCAAAUAUCCAUUAUCUACCCUUGCAGUGUAUACAAACAAAAUACAAAGUUUUUAUUAGCUUUCAUAUUUGGCCUACAGUCACACUAACAUACCUGCUCAGUCAGCUGCUAAAGUGUCUUUUUGUAAGUAAAAGAAAGAAGGCUAAUAAAGAGCAUUACUCAUGAUGAAAUUAAUACCUGACCCUAAAAAAGCUAGUGAGAUCCCACAUGCUUGUUCUGUGUUGUUUAAGUGCUGUUGAGGGCAGCCUGGUCUGUGCUGUGUGGAGGUGUUACUCUUUUAAGAUUUCUGUCUUGUUUUAAAUCUGCUGCGUCAGCCGGCGACACUCACACCACUGGUAAGACAUCCCUACCUUCUUUCCCCAAAUGAUCAUGUCAACAGCUCUCAAAGCAGACUGGAGUCCAUAACAGAGGGCUUGUCCUUGCUGUCAGGGCAAAGCUGCAGUCUGAUUCAUUUGCUCAAGGAUGUUAGUUGAUGCUUUUAUUUUAGCUGAAGGUUCCUCUGUCAGGAUCUUGGCUUUUACAGUUCAAUAUUAGCUGCACAAAGCAAAUGAGGUGAAUGUGAUUGGCUCUAUGAACAUAGUUUGUAAUGUAUUGCACCACCACCCCUAGAAUGUGGAUUAAUGGAGAAACUUGCCAGCCUCAUCAUACAGCCUCAACUCCAGAAACCAUAGCUAUCAUGGUGUAUCCUUUUCUACCACGGCAUGUUUUUGGGUCAUAUUUACCUGCAUGAUCAUCUGGGUGCAGUGUAGAAAGAAUUGUAUGCUACAGCAAGACAUUGUGCCAGCCAUUUUGUCUCACUGUGCCAGUCCCUGAACAGGAAUGAGUAACUCUGGGUACAGCGAAAAGGCUCCUGGAACAUCACACUUCCUCCUCUGUGUUUGAGAGUUGUUGUAACACUGAUGAGCAAACUUUUCACAUAUUUACGACAGUGCUCUCCUGAUGAUCUGAUGAUUUCAGAGUUGGAUUAAUUUCUUUACAAGGCCCUGUUCCCACCAUGUUUACUUUGAAAAACUGUUAGGUAUGGGGUAUCUGAGUAAAAGUAUGGAAUAAGGUUAAGGUCGUACCUAUAACGGAGGGAUAACUGAAGGCUCGGGUUUGUGGGAUACUCAUAGAGAGGAAGUUUCACUCUCUGUUGUCCAUUUAGGAUGAUUUAGAAUUCACGAAAAGCUUAGGGAAACAUAACUUACUCUGCUGAAUGGCAGAAACUCUUUUGCUCAUUAUUCUGUCUCAUUUAUGUUUCGUUUCCACAAGUCUAUUCCCACUAUGAUAUGCCUUGUCAGAUCUAUGUUGUACUGUUUUACUGUGGUUUAAGUAAAAAAAAGAUGAUGCAGAGCUGGGGACCUGUAACGUCUCCAGUGAUCCAUCAGUGUGGUCUCAAGGCCUGGCAUGCUCCAUGUAAGCUUUGACUCUUGUACAGCCACCUCAGCUGUUAAGCAUGAAAAAAGACCACAUAUGGUCUGCUGACUUGCAGAAACAUAUCUGUUACCAUGGUGGCUUUGUACGACCAGACCUUUUCAUAUUAGAGCUUUUUUCUUGUAUAACAGCCAACACAAACACAUCCAGGACAAUCCUGCUCCUGCUGCAUCUGAUGAGCGCUCCAGUCUGCAAAAUCAUAUUCUUUUGUACUUUGAUAUGUUUUGACAACAAACUCCCUGCCUCAGGAGAGUUUGUAGUCAAAAACAUAUCAAGGUAACAAAUAAGUAUCCCACUGCUCUGGAUAUAAGACAUAUUUGUCCUAAAGAUUACCUGGUGUUUUCUGGUAGACAGAUCAGGACUGCAGGCAGACCAGUUUUUCAGCAGGACUCCCCUCCUUUAGAGCCAUGCUGUUGUAAUCCCUGUUGUCAGAAUGUGGUUUGUCAUUGUCUUGCUGAAAUAUGAAGGUCUUCCCUGAAAAAGCCUUUUUCUGGGUUGAAGCAUAUUUUCCCUAAAGCCCUGAUGACGCCUCCCCAGAUGUGAGAGCUGCCCCUGCUGUAAGCACAAAUCCCCCACUACAUCAAGGAUGCUGGUUUUUGAACUAUGUGCUGUUGCUGCUUAACAAGCUGGGAGCUUUGUUGUGACUCAAAAUUAUGAAAUUGAAAUCACAACACCACGGGAUAGUUUUCAACUCUGUACAUCUCUGCCCCAGUUCAUCUUAAAUGGGCAGAGGCCAGUAUUUCUGGAUCAUGUUUAGAUCUGGUCCCUCUUUGCAUGGUACAGCUUUAACCUGCACUUCUAUCUCACAAAAGUAACAAAUCAAACAACACAAACGUGUAUUUGAAAAAGAUCAUGUAUUUGGCAGGAUUGAAACAAACUUCAAGGAUGAGAAAAGCAGCACAGGGUUCAAUCAUUAGUUUAGAAGCUGGAAGACUUUUUGAACCACUUUUCGUACCCUUGUUAUAAGUUGUUGAAAUUGGUUUAAUGUGACUGUUUUUAAUGUGUUUCUUUUUUUAAUGGCUCGUCACUUGGCAGGUCCAGAGGGUGCCAAUUUAUUCAUUUACCACCUGCCACAGGAGUUUGGGGACCAGGACCUGCUUCAGAUGUUUAUGCCCUUUGGAAAUGUCAUCUCCGCGAAAGUCUUCAUUGACAAACAGACAAACCUCAGCAAGUGUUUCGGUGAGUUCAGCCAAGUCAGUAACACCAAGCAAAAAACUCUGACCCCCCCGUGACCCUGAGGAGCUGUUCAAAUCUAUCCAACUAGAGCUUCAGUUGAUCAUGACUGUUUUUUAGCUUGUUCACUGGCAGCACUCUGAACCCUGACUUUCAGAUCAGUUUUGCCUCUUUGUCUGUGAUUGUGUGUGGUCUCAGUGGAAGGACUUGUAAAUACCAAUCUAUUACUGUCAGUGGUCAAAAGCACUUGUAGCAGAUGCAGUCUAAAUGUGCGCAAUUUCCCAGUCAGACUACGUUUUAGCAUGUUUGGCAGCUUCUCCGCUCUCCUUCAAUACUUAACCAGCUUCAGAAACUGUUUUCCCAUCAGGAAAGUAGGUAUGACUACAUGGCAGGGUGAAUCAAAUAGACCAAGCUUUCCGGCUGUAGUGAGAAGAUCUGCUGAGAUAUCAUAACAUAUAAGCGAUAUUUUAAACAUCACACAUUACUCUCCUGAGUGUCUUCAUCUUUUUUCUUCAGGCUUUGUGAGCUAUGACAACCCUGUGUCAUCCCAGGCAGCCAUCCAGUCAAUGAACGGUUUCCAGAUCGGUAUGAAGAGGCUGAAGGUGCAGCUGAAGCGCUCUAAGAACGACAGCAAGCCUUACUGAAGGUGCUGAAACACGUCAGACUUAGUUAGGCAGGGCGGUGUUAUGGUAAGUGGAGUUUGAGACCAGUCCAGUCAGUACAAGUCUGUGCAUGAGGGUGAUGAGGCUGCACUGCUUUUCCUGGUCAUUUCUGUAACAUGCCCAGGCAUAGAGACACUUGAAUCUAUAUGCAAGAUUUUUCAAGCUAGACUGGAUAUCGUCGAUGUUUUGUGUGAUUAAUGCACUUUGUUAUCGUUAGAACAAAUAAGAUAAACAGGUGUUUUUUUUUGUUUUUUUUUUAAAUUUAAUUUAAGUUGAAAUGUUAUCAGUUUGCUGUGGUACAUAGUGCACAUAUGGGUUGAUUGUUAGGAUGUGUUGCAUAUUGACAUUCAGGAGUCAGAUUCAUCUGUUUUUCUCCCCGUGAUCAUCCUGUGCACCACUCGGACCUAGAAUAAAGGUCUGGAUAAUACAGAGCUCCCUUAGAUGAGGAAUAACCAAAAUCCCUGUUAGUUUUCAUUUUUACAAAGCAAAGCCUGUGCUUCCUCACACUGACGUUUGAGUUAUCUACAUUAUUUUCUAAAACGAAGCCAACGGAUGAAGUGUCACCUUGAUUCGAUGAACUGUUCAGGGUAAAGCUCAGAAGCUUCUAAAGAGCUCCACCAAAUCAUGCACAUAGCAGUGAAACAAACAAGUAUUUGUCCUCAUUCUGUGUUUGCAAAACUCCAUUUACUUCUCUCAUGCAUGAAAAACACACUACACAUUGAGAUUAUAUCGAUCUCAAAUAUUUUUUUUGUCAUUGAUUUCUGGCAUGAAAUGAAUUUCUGCACACAGACUGUUUUUUUUCUUCAUCUUUUUGCCAGUUAGACACACAUUUCAAACACAAUCUAAACUGACUCGGGUCUAUAAGUUGUAGAGCAAACACCUUUUUUGAGGACUAGGCUUGUGACUCUCUAAAAACAGGUUGUUUUGCUUACAUGGGUGCUUUAAAAGGACAUUGAUGUUUAUGCUUCUGCAAAGGGAUCCUAUUUCUCUACAACAAAAGGAAACUGAAAUACAACACUGAUGUAAAAAAACCAGAGUCAAGAUUAACCUUACUUAGAAUGAGAUGCUGAUAGUAAUUGUUAUGCAUUUGUAUUAAAAAAAGAUGACCUAAGUAAACUGGACAGCCAUCCAACUCACAUGAUCUAACAAUCAGUAAGACACAAGUCACUUUUCCAGGGUAAAAUAUCUUGAUUUUAGGGAGUCACAGCUAAUCAAGGGCACAUGUGGUGGUGGGCCUACUGCAUUUUGAUUGGUCGGGGGCUGGAGUGAUGUGGAAAACUUGCAGCCCGAGCAUGUGUUACAACAAAAUUUGCUAUAACAACAUCCCACAGUUACUGUUCUGCUGGCUUGUGGCUGGCUAGUUAAUUUAGGGCUACUAUGUCUCUCACUGAAUAUCUUUUGUGAUCAGAGGAUUCAAACACAUGCUGAAUUGCUGAAGACAAAACUGUCAGCCGCAUAGAAAUCAUCUGUUUUUAUAGAGCUUGGAAGCAAGACAAUGAGAUGUAUAUUUAAACUAUGAUGCCUUUUCUAUUUUUAUAUAGGUUUUAUACUUCUCCGUGUUUUUGGGGAACUAUUUAUUGCCUAAAUUAUUUAUCUGAACUGAGAUUAUUUUGACAGACAAAUGUAAAGUCUAACAACUCUGUUUGAUAUCCUGGUGUGUGUACUCUCCUCGCUUGUUAAGUGUAUUUUCUUUUGGUGAAGUGUACUUUCAGUUACUGUGUCUAGGAUCCAUCACUGCUGCUGCAGACUCCAAAGUAUGCCUUUCCUGGUCCAGUAGUAUGAUCCGGGUACUGUUUUUUGGCUCUGUGCAAAGGGUUUGUUUAGUAUUUAACAUGGAGGCUUUCAGAGAGGUAGAGUGCGUAUGAAUGUCAGAUUAAAUAUGUUAUAGACUUAAAUGGAAAGACAACUUUUACAGCUUCCUCAGAGCCUUUCUCAGACAAGAUAGGGUCAGCAGAAUUGUUUCAAGUGCAUACCUAUUUAAAAGAGUUUUUACUGAUUGUUUAUUGCAAAAAAAAAAAAAGAAAAAUGCCUGGGCUGAUUUUAACACUGUGUCAAUAAGCCAUUAGUCCAGCACAGUAAACUCUGAUUCCCAAGUUUACAACCCUCUCAGUACAAGAUAGAGCUUUAGCUGCAGAGAUAUCAGUAGACAAACAAAAGCAUUAGUUCAAGUAAACAGGAGUUUUCCCAUGAUUAGUGUAGAAAAGUGCUGACACUUUCAAGACCUAACCAAGUAAUCAGGUGGUUUUAAAUAAAACCGAUGACAAAAACAAACAAAAAAUUAAAAUCGUUAAAGAUCUAAAUAAAAUUUAGGAAAUUUGACAGCAAGUUCAAAGUUGUAUCAAGUUUAUAAAUUUAAAAAGCGGUAGAGGGUUGGGUGUAAAGUUUGCAUAUGUCCAUGUCCAGGUCUGGACCUCUAAAUUCAGAAAGCCAAAACGCUCAUUCCUCUUUCAGUCAUUAAAGUUUGUGGUGUCUAGGAGUGCAAAAUGUCUAGGAGCAUAAUAAUGAUAGCUCUGCAAAUGUUUCAUAUUAUAAACGAGCAAAUAUUCAUGUAGAUGAUUGUUUAGAGACAUGAGGAUCCAGUGCAGGUGAGCAUAGACUGAGCUGUAGCUCUGUUAGCUUUAUCAGCUGAGAUAUGGUGUCCUGGUCUGUAGCAGCUUUAACUGAGGGGGCUUGGUGUGACCUGCAUGUUGUGCAUUACUGUUGCCGGUGGCAUGUGGCUCAUCCUCACUCUGUCAGUGACUCAGAUGGUUGAGUGUAGUGUGGGAGAUGAUGCUUCUCUGCCUCUUUCCUCUCUCCUGUCUGUGCUCCAUUACUGUUUAACCCAGGUCUAUUUCCUUGUUGUGCUUUUUCUUCUUGUUUUCUCUAGAUCUCUACCUGUUUGCCCUUACAUGUUGAUGUGACGUCACAGUUCAUCGUCCAGUCCUUGUCUUCUACACUUGUCUGUCCUAUAGUCAUGAACACUGAUAAUCACCUAGACCUAGUUGUUUUUGACAUUGAAAAACAAUGAUGUUGGAACAUACUGUUUUGUUGGUUCCCAUUUGUCAUCUGUGCUGCCAGCUGUGGCACUAGAAAGACUGUCGCUGAACAUGUUGGAAAGUUCAAAAUCUUUCUCUAGAAAGGCAGACCAACAUGUCGAUAGCUUUUUCUUUUCCAUCUCCUGUGUAAUCAGACUGCCCUCCCCUCCCUGUGCCCCAUCCUCUCCUUUUUGUUUUGUUUUGUUUUGGUUUGUUUUUUCUUUUCUAUUUUUCUUGUGAGUGAAAGCAGCUAACAUCUUUCUAGUUGACGUUUGACUAAGUGUUGGUUGUGUUGUGUGUUGCUGGAGUUUUCAUGCAACCUAGUUACCAUUUGUUUUUGGGACUUUUGUUCCAGCCAAGGGUUCCCCCCUCUCAAGUUCUUGUAAACUGGUGUGAGAAGGAGGUAGCUUUAAUUGUCUAUGUAAAUAAAAGGUAGGUUUCACCUUUGCCUCACAAUCCCAAGCACACAAUGCAGUUCUGCUUUUUUUUGUGGACAAAACAGACAAAGAUUUUUGUCACUAUAUAUUAAGGUUGCAUGUUUUUUAUAUAACUGCACUGAAAUUCUUGGCAAAAAUGUCAUCUAGUUUGUGUAAGUUAAAAAUGGUGAAUAAAAUGGUGCCAAAUGUUUUGCACAAUCCGUAUUCUCCCCUUUGACUGGUCUCCAGCUCGACCCACACUGAACUGUUAAACCUCAUGAGACUUGGUUUUGUCUUAAAACUAUGAGAUGAUGAAAACACCACACCACACACUCAGGAUGAAUUUCCACCUAGUGGUCCCAUUUAUUUCUGUACAGCGUGGUACGAUAGACCUGUACUCUCUCCUGGUGAUCACGCAGGAAGCAUACUGGAUGUGUGACAGCCUCGGCACAGCUGGAUUUUUGGCAUGCAUGAUAAUAAAGUAGACUGUUCAUUCAGCCAGCAUGAGCAACGCGUUACAAGGGAUGGGGAUCUAUAACCCGGUCCAUUAAAAACCUAAUAACACAUUUAGCAAAACUUGAAAAUCAACUACUUUUGAGCAUUUCAAGUGUAAGGGGUGUCAAGGGUCCUGUGGAGAAACACACACAGACUGUGUAAUAAGUUUCUAAAAAGCAAACGGGUAUAAAUGUUCGCAAAUUUUUGUAUUAAGAUGCAGCGAUGGCUGAAUGUGCAAGGUGGUCCAGAGUGGGACUACAUGAUACUGAAGCUGAAGAUGAGGAUGAAGUUCAUGAUACAAAAUCAUUUCUUGAAAUGGGAGAACAAAACCUCCCUGACCACACACAAAAGCACUGUUGAGCUUUGGGGUUAUCUGGUGAGUAUAGUAACUUCCCUCUAUCUGAGCUGACUGUGACCUUUAACAGUUGGCUGCAUCAACAGUAAAACAACCUGAGUUGCCUCUUCACCAGUCUGAGCAGCACCGAUACUGUCAGUAUCAGCCUUUUCUGUGGGCAUCUCUCCAAACUUUUGACAAUGGAAACAAAAAAAAUCACAUUCUGUACUAACCCAGACCUCUCAGUGGAAAUGCACCUCAAUAGAUUCCAUUCAGCGACCACCCAGGUCAACUCGAUGGUCUCUAAACUAGAAAUCUUGCAAAACUUUUAGUCAAGCAUGAUUUUAGAGUGAAGGGACUGGCACAGAUAAACAGUGACAAUCCACAGAUGGCUUGCACAGCUGUCCUUUAGAGUUCCUUUACACAACAGGAUAUAAGACUGAAAACAUUAAACACAUGGAAAUAGCUGUUUGGUAUCAGUGCAUCCAUGAUGGUUUUCUCUUUUUUAGCAGUUCAGGAGAAGUAAGAUUUUUCUUCUGUUACACUCUUUUCAUCUUUCACCAUGUCAGUGUGGGACACCUAUAGAGUAGGUUUGCAUGAUUGGCAGCUCAAAAAAAUUGAUUUUUACCUGUGAAAGAGCUGCCGGGUAACAACAGAAAGAGAACACCCAUGGAAAAUAUCAAGAUCUGCUGCGCUCAGAGCUCAAAACAAGGGAUCUACUCAUAAGCAGCUUGUGUCAUUUCAUUGCAGUCAGAAAUUAAUAUUAAACUCUUAUUUGGCAAUAUUAACAUAGAGAAUUUUAACCAUACAACUGUGUAAAACAGGGACGACAUGGCAGUUUACCAAAGGUACUGGCUGCAGUAUGGGUCAUACUGUGUCCAACUGUCACGGUAGAUACAUUUUUCUCAAACAUAAUGAGUUUUUAACAUGAUUCAUAUUCCAAUUCUGAAUUUUUCCAGAAAAUUUAGUUUAAAUUUUUUUUAUAAAGAGGGUAUAACACCAUGGUUGAUGGCUCCAUUGAAAAGUAAAGCACCUGCAGCUGGUGUGUCAGGUUAUCGGAAAAGAGGAGGAGAAAUGGUGAAAAAAUAUAACAAACAGUAUCACAGAGUCAUUGAAUGCAUCAUACCCACCGAAGGAUUUGCUCUGCUGUGGACUGCACCCAUUUGAGGGAUCCUUGGUGUUUCCUCCUAGAAUUCCCUUUCCUUUUUAUGGCUAAGAUUACAUAGCGCUCUUCACCAACAUCAUAUUGCCUCUGUAAGUAUCCUUUUUUCUCACCGUAAUGAAAUGGUGAAGUUACUUCAUUUUCAGCCUUUUUGUUCAGCUUAAAAUGUCAAAUACUGCUGAAGCUUCUCAGCAAAACACCCUCUUGGUUAAGGUGGUAUUUAAAGAGGGGGUUGUGGCUCAAGGGUAGAGUCUGUCACACUUAGGGGUUCAAUCCCAGGAUGAACUGUCCACAUGCGGAGCUGUCCUAAGCCAAGACAACCCCAACCUGCCCCCUCUUGAUUUGUCUCAGUGGUGUGUGAAUGGGAUCAGUUAAGGCUGAUGGUGUGUUAAACUGCAUCCUCAGUGUGUGACUGUGGAGUGAAUGUGAUGUGAUGUAAAAAAGCUUUGAGGGGUCAGAAAACUAGAGAACGGGCUACAGAAACACAGUCCACGUCCACUGAUUUAUGUGUCCCCAGUGAUGAUUUUGUUUCAUUGCAGUCUCACUGUUAUCUCUGCUCUUUGAUCAUGUGAUCUUCUCUGCUUGGUGUUUUUGUUUUUCAUACAAAUAAACUGUUAAAGAGAAAAA